AUGGCAAGGGAAAUAUCUUCAUUGAGUAGGUUAUGUCGCACAGCCGCUCUGCAGUAUCUGGAUGCAGUGAUCAUCCAAGAAAUGUCGCGGAAUCACUCAGUCAUGAGGGAGAUCUUGGAGAACGAAAUAAUACCAAAAUUAGCCGCUGGGGAAGACAUUGCAUAUCAUGCGCUCAGCUACGGAUGGCUGCUGGAUCAAAGUAAGAGAAGCACCGAGGGAUUGGGCCAUUUCAGAGAAGAAAUCUCAGAGCCUAGUGGAGUCGAUUUCCACAUAGAUCCAAACCAUUCCGAGGAGUAUCGAGUUGCUCGGAUCACUCUACCGACAAUCGCUCAAAUGAUUGCAGAAACUUGGCAUAACCCUAUAAACAGCCUGUGGUCAAAGGCGAUGCAAAGUACGCCUUGGUUUGACGUUACAGACAAAUGCACCGUAAAUAGCCCUGAACUGCACGCGAUGGACCAAGCGGCUGCAACUGGAAUCGGAAAGGCCCGAUCACUGGCUUCCUUCAGUUUGGUCAGUCUGGUCAGUUUCGUUCAAUAG